AUGGACAGGAACCCCACUGAAAGAGCCCCGCAAAGGCUGCAUAAGGAGCCUACUCCCCUGUCUGUCUGUCUGUCAUCACCUCCAACAACCAGAAAGAUGCCUAGGCUCUUCUUCUACCCAGUAGCCCUUCUUCUUCCCUUGCUCUCCACUCUGCUCUGCUCCUGUGUGUCCCCAUGGCAGAGCACCAUAAGCACAGGCACAUCUCUGCAAGUAGAUCGUGAGAAAGUCCUGCUCGUCUCGCCAGACACCACCUUCUCCUGCGGCUUCUACCCGUCCGGGAACGGCACCAACGCCUUCUACUUCUCCAUCUGGUUCACGCACGCCACCGACAAGACCGUCAUCUGGACGGCGAAUCCUCGCUCUCCGGUGAACGGCCAGGGCUCCAGGAUAUCCCUGAACCGUGAGGGCAACCUGGUCCUCACCGACGUCAAUGGCUCCACGGCAUGGGAGAGCAGGACGAGCUGGGGCAAGCACACAACAGUGGCUCUCCUCGACACCGGGAACCUCGUAAUCAACGACUCGGCCGGUAAGACCGUAUGGCAGAGCUUCGAUUUGCCCACCAACACCUUGCUCCCGACGCAGCGUCUGACGAGAGCAAACAAGUUGGUCUCCCAGUCCGAUAGUUACCAUGUCCUCUAUUUCGACAAUGACAACGUCCUACGCCUCCUGUACAACGGACCGGACAUCACAAGCAUAUACUGGCCAAGCCCUGAUUACAAUGCACUGCAGAACGGCCGGACCCGGUUCAACAGCAGCAAGAUCGCGGUCCUGGACCGCGAGGGCAAGUUCUUGUCGAGCGAUGGGUUCAAGAUGAUAGCCUCGGACUCGGGUUUGGGGAUCCAGAGAAGGAUCACCAUCGACUACGACGGGAACUUCAGAAUGUACAGUUUGAAUGCAUCAAGUGGCAACUGGAGUAUCACAGGGCAGGGUGUACAGCAGAUCUGUUAUGUGCAUGGAUUGUGUGGAAAGAAUGGAAUUUGUGAGUACUCACCAGCAGGCCGUCCCAGAUGCACUUGUCCUCCAGGAUAUAAGAUGGUUGAUCCCGAGAACUGGGACAGAGGCUGCACGCCAACGUUCAGCAUCCAAUGCGGGCAACCAAAGGAGGAUUUUCAAUUCGUCAAGGUUCCUCAUGGUGACUUUUACGGCUUUGAUCUCACUUCCAACAAGUCAAUCUCCCUCGAAGAAUGCCAGCGGAUUUGCUUGGAGAGCUGCCUGUGCAUAUCUUUCACAUACAAAGCUGGAGAGGGUUUAUGUUACACUAAAAAUGUGCUCUACAACGGCCAGGUCUAUCCAUACUUCCCAGGAGACAACUACUUCAAACUUCCUAAGAGUGUCAGUUCAACAUCUCCAGCCGCCAAUCAUCCUGGUAUUACCUGCAGUCCGGAGAGAUCCAAGGUUAUGGUAGUGUCUGCAGAUGCAUACAUACAAAACUCUGACCGCAUAAGCUGGGCAUACUUCUACAUCUUUGCUGCUAUAUUAGGGGCAGUUGAAUUGCUUUUUAUCAUGACAGGAUGGUACUUCCUUUUCAAAAUGCACAACAUACCCAAGUCCAUGGAGGAAGGUUACAAGAUGAUAACAAGCCAGUUCAGGAGGUUUACGUACCGUGAGUUGGUUGAAGCAACAGGGAAGUUCAAAGAAGAGCUAGGGAAGGGUGGCAAUGGAGUAGUUUACAGAGGAAUACUCGGAGACAAGAAGGUUGUGGCGGUAAAGAAGCUUACAGAUGUUAGAAAAGGUGAAGAGGAAUUUUGGGCAGAAGUAACUCUCAUUGGGAGGAUCAACCACAUGAAUUUGGUACGAAUGUAUGGGUUUUGCUCAGAAGGCCAACACAGGUUAUUAGUCUACGAGUUUGUGGAGAAUGAGUCAUUGGACAGAUACCUUUUUGAUGGCAGAGGCACUGAAAGACUGCUCUCAUGGGGUCAACGGUUCAAGAUUGCCUUGGGGACAGCAAGAGGCCUUGCUUACCUGCAUCACGAAUGCCUCGAAUGGAUUGUCCAUUGUGAUGUAAAGCCAGAAAAUAUACUGCUGACACGAGAAUUCGAAGCCAAGAUAGCAGACUUUGGACUAUCCAAGCUCUCUGAGAGAGAUAGUUCUAGCUUAAAUUUUACUCAGAUGAGAGGCACAACGGGCUAUAUGGCGCCAGAAUGGGUGAUGAAUUUGCCAAUCGAUGCAAAGGUAGAUGUUUACAGCUUCGGAGUUGUGCUUCUAGAGAUUGUCACUGGGAGUAGGGUUUCCAGCGGGGUGACAGCAGACAAAGAUGAGAUGGACUUGAUGCAAAUUCCCAGUGGGGCAACAGAAGGCGGAGAAGAGAUGGGGUUCAUGCAAUUUGUUCAGGCGGUAAAACAGAUGCUCGCUAAUGGGGCUGACCUGGAUAUAGUGGAUGCUAGACUGAAAGGGCAUUUCAAUCACAAGCAAGCAACAGUUAUGGUGAAGAUAGCUAUUUCAUGCCUUGAUGAAAGAAGCAAGAGGCCAACAAUGGAUCAAAUUGCUAGAAAUCUCAUGGAAUGCGACGAUGAAGACUAUCAUCCUGCAUACUUUUGA